CGCAUUUGCAGCGCUUAGCCCGUGAUGCUGAAGAAUGCAAAUCUAUCCGGUGGCUUUUCUCAGUAAUCAUGUUGUUCGGGGACGGAAAAAUAACGAGAACCGAAAAGCAGCAGAAGCAGCAGCUCGGACGAAUGUGAGCCGCACAUGAGAGCCUCUGUCCGGCAGGUGCAGCAGGCUGGUGCCGCUCUCAGGAAACACUGAUCCCCUCACAGGUUGGCCAACAAACCGUACUCACAAGAUCCCCAAGCCAAGACAUGUUGUAACUGGGACAUCGCAGCGCUGGAGACGUCACCAUGAAGGGCGGCAGCUCCAGAUGGGUCUUUCUGCUGGGCUUCCUGGCGGGGGCCUGCAGCGUCUACUUCUUCCUGCACCAGGUGUGGUUUGAGAGAAGCUACCCGGUGCUGUCAGAGGCUCUGGAAAAAGCCACAGUGGCGGGUGAGAGACUGACUGUUUGGAGGAAGGAGGGAUCCGCUCUCGUCAACUUCCUUCCGCUUCACCGUGCAGAUGAAGACAGCCAGGUGGCGGAUGUGUUGUACAAGAAGGUACGAGUUCUCUGUUGGGUGAUGACAGGACCGUAUAACCUGCAGAGCAAAGCCAGACACGUCAGGGCCACCUGGAGUCGACACUGCAACUUAGUUCUGUUCAUGAGCUCGGUAGCAGACCCCGACUUUCCCACCGUGGGCCUGGGUACCAAGGAAGGCCGCGAUCAGCUCUACUGGAAGACCAUCCGAGCCUUCCAUUAUGUCUACGAACACCACGUGAAUGAAGCAGACUGGUUCCUAAAAGCAGAUGAUGACACCUACGUGGUGGUGGACAACUUGCGCUGGAUCCUCUCAAAUCACACCCCGGAAGAACCCAUUUAUUUUGGGAAACGCUUCAAGCCUUAUAGCAAACAAGGAUACAUGAGCGGGGGGGCAGGCUAUGUGCUCAGUAAAGAAGCCCUCAAGAGAUUCGUGGAAGGUUUUCGAGCCAAGGUUUGCACGCACACGACCCCUGUAGAAGACCUGGCGCUAGGGCAGUGUUUGGAGAAGAUGGGCGUUCUGGCUGGGGACUCCAGAGAUACUUUGCAUCGAGAAACUUUUCACCCGUUUGUGCCGGAACACCAUCUAACUAGCAAGUUCUCCAAGAACUUCUGGUACUGGACCUAUUGUUACUACCCAAUUGUUGAGGGUCCACAGUGCUGCUCAGACCUGGCGGUGUCGUUUCAUUACGUGGAAGCAGAGCUGAUGUAUGAGCUGGAAUACUACACCUACCACCUGAGAGCGUAUGGCUACAUUCCACGUUACCAACCCUCCUCCAUGCACCAGCGUCUGAACCUCAGCCCAGCCUCGCAGACAACCAUGACACUGGGACAUGAAGCAGUUCAGGAGGUGACAGACAGAAGGAGUCACACAACCGCUGCCUUUUCUGUUAGUAAAAACCAAACCAAAGAGGCAACGGAGCCAGACAAUUUAAACUCGAAGCUCACUGAGAACAGGACUGUGGUCACACAAGACACACAUCACUGAUUGAGUGUGCUGUAGUUCAGCUGAGGCUGAAUGUGUUUUAUCUGCGAUCUACAUUAGAGUCUACAAUACAAGCACUUGUGGCUACUGGCUACUACUCUGUGACUGGGUGAUAGGAGCUGUGUUAGAAAGCACAGAUGGUUGCAGAGAAGUCUAUUACUCUGUGCAGUGUAUUGGUUAACUAGUCUUUUCUUCUGACAAAGUUCCCUUGAGCUGAUCCCAGUUCAUUCCUGCCAGAAUCACACUGCACAUGAUCCCAGUAUGAGUGAUCAAAAUUUGAAUGUGAUUCAAUGGCAGCUACAUACAGUCUGGCUGUUUUUAAACAACAUAAACGCUUUGUUUAGUUUAAUUAUAUUUGACACCAUCAGGACUAGGGUUAGGAUUUAUGGUGUACUCUGGACACGGCCGCAGUGCGUUUGGAGUAUCGUAGGAUGAAUAUCAUUAGUACCCAAUCUGCAAUGAUACAGCAUUAGAUGUAUGAAAGGAUUUCAGAAUAGUUUUAUUAAUUUUAUUCAUGAAUUAAUUUUUUCAUCUAAUGAAGAACAGCAACAUGUGGCAUAUCUUUAAUAUAUUUAGCCUUUUUACCUUAUGGCCACUUUGAGUUUCAGAUAUUACAUUUGAGUUUUAAUAUUUUUCUCUUUUGGCUUUUUGAAAAAAACAUAUGCAAACAUGAAUUUUAAAUUGCUUUAAUCUUUUUAAGUCUGUGUCUUUGUUUGCAUUUUGCCUUUUAAUUUCUUUUUCGAUAUAUUUGCAGCCCAAUUAUUAAUGCAGACUUUAAAUCCAGGGCCAGCAGCGAUGCAGUGUUUGUUUCAGGAAUAAAAGCAACAAAAGUG